GGGUAGAUAGUCCACUACAUUUAACAAUCAAAAUUAUUUACUUCCACUAGAUAAUUUCAGAUCACGAGAGGACAAAAUACAAAGAAAUAGAAGCUCAUGUCAAUAUAAUAUACAUGUACUUGCAUAUUUGUGAGAUUGUCUGAUAAUGAGAGAUGGCGAAAGUCAUUAUAGUUUCUUAGCAUAUACAUAAUAAAUUUUGGCACAAAUUUGCUCAUUUAAUACUGUCCUUAUCUUCUCCUUUCUCCUGGUUUGUAUACUAUAUCUUCACAGAAUCUGAUAUGAAGCCCAUCCGUGAAUACAUAGAUCAUGCUACCAUCAAAGAGUCCACCAAGUUUGUUAUCCAAAAGUUGAUCAAUGAGACUAAUUACAACUAUUUCAAUGAUCCGAUUGAGAAGGAAAAUAUCAACAAAGAAUGGCAGAGACUAAUAGAAAAAUUACCUGAGCCAGUAGAUGAAGAAUCCAAACUAGAAAUAAAUCGCCGUCAGUUGGCAUUCAAGAUUUGUAACUUUCACAUUAUUGUUCCCGAAAACACAAUUUUGGAUGAAGAAUAUAUUGUCAGUCACCAAUAUAUGGAAGAUCUUUUAAUAGUAAAUGAUUUGGUCCGUGAUGAAGUGAUGCAUUACGUCCGGAAUAAUAAUCUAUAUAAGCCAACAUCUAUUGACAGAGAUUUGAUCGAAUUAUCUGUGGACAAUCUAUUUUCAAUAUCUCGUUCCGUAUCAGUACCAAUACCCAGAUUCAAAAUCAACUCAAAUAAUGAAAUAGACCCUAACAUAUAUGAAUCUAUUCUCAGUCCAACUAGCAUCAUUCCAAUUGACUACCCUCCAACUAGCUACAGAGAGAGUUCCAGACAUUCGAGAUUAUCAUCAUCGAAUUAUACAUUAAAAUCACAUACUUUUCUCACACUCCUUCAGAUUAAGGCCAUAUCAAACGAGAAUAACUUUGCUGACAACUCUUUGAAAAUGAAUUUUGACAAAUUGAUAAUAGACAAAGCUGCAUUGCAAACCAUGAAACCUUUUGUCUUUCGUAUACCAAGAAGAGACGAGCUCUACUUUUCAUAUGAAGGUAUUGUAUCGACAUAUAUUCAUCAUUUCAUUUUACAUGCUGUAAUGCACUUCUUUCAUGAUGAUGAAUCCCCAAAGAGGUACCAAUCACCAUGUCUCAAUUCAAAUUGCAGUAUUUCAUAUAACCCUGAUAACCAUGAAUUUAACGUUCCCUUCGACAUAAAAGACCAAGGAGUAUUUGAAGCUUAUCAAAAUAGGAAUAACCAAUUGAAAGAUACAGGUUUUCAUGAGUUGAUUAAUGAAGCCAUCUACAAUUGUUUGUAUUGCAAAUCCCACAUAGGCUUUGUUAUCGAUAUGGAUUGUGUACUAGUAGUUGAAAUUGAUGUAGGUGCCAGUACCAGAAUGGGAAGAGUAGAUUCUAUAGAUGGUGGGGAGUAUCAGUUACCAUGCAAUAUUAGAUGUCUCAGAUUUUCCGAUUCAAAAUAUAACCUCACUAUUAUUUUAAUGAUGUUAAUCAAAGAUUACUUUGACAAUGUGAACACACACAAAGAAGAUCAGGUGGAACGUUUGUUCGAUACAUUACGACUAACUCGCCAAGAUAUAGUGGAUAUGAAGAAGUGGCAGCAUGACUUUGUGUACUUAGAAUGGGCUUCCAAGUUUAGCCAUUACCAUCAAAUUGAAAAUGGUGAUUAUGCCCAUAAUAUAUAUCUGUAUAUUAUAAUCCCAAAGGAAUGUUACGAGGAAGUACAUCAUAUCAAAUACGAUGUGGAAGACCUCAAUGAAGCUGACUUUAACACUAAUUGCCCAGAAUUUUGUUUUGAGACCUAUACCUAUUUUCAAGUAGAUAGGCUUGAUGGAACGAUGGUCUUAAAAGUAUAUAAUCCUUACGUUGUGUCCGAGAGAUUGCUAUGUAAUCGUCAGUUUCUCGAAUCAUAUCUGAUUGCAUUGAGACUGUUUCUUUACGAAGUCCGUGCCUAUAGAAUAAUUGCUGAAGCUCCCAAAAUAUCUGGAAAGAACGGUAUUGUUGAAAAUUACAAUUCUCAUCUUUAUCGACUGGGAAUAAUUAAUUGGCCGGCAAUUGAUGAGAGGUAUUUCGGAUUCUAUCUCUUGAUUGGAUAUGCCAAGCAUGAUCCAUACAAACUAAAGUCACAUAACUUAUUUAUGGAAGCUCAAACUACAUUGAAAGAUAUUCACCACAAUAAGGACCGUCAUGCUGAAUUCUCAUGUAAAGAAGCAAAUAGUGUAGCUUCUAAUUGGCCUAUGGGUGAGUGAGA